AUGGCCUCCCAAUCCGACUCUCUGCUGGGCAGCCUGAGAUCUACAAGUCAGGUCGACUGUGAUACCCUAGACGUGGAAGUUGCUAAGGAACUCGGACCCUUCGUGGACUGUACCUCGAAUCAAGCCAUCGCUCUCGGUGAGCUCACCAAGCUCACACCCGACGGUAAACUUCAUCAUGAGCAACUCAUACGAGAUGCCGCAAAGGAUGCACAGGGUUGGGCCAAGACCACCUGGCCUGAUAUCGACCCCGUUCUUCUGGCGGUCGAGAUUAUGAUGGUCAGGCUAUCGCUGCAGUUUGCGCCGUACUUGACUGGCUACUUUCACAUCCAGACCAACACCAAUUUCUCAUACUCAGUCGAGAAGACUCGCUACAAUGCCGAGAGAAUCGUCGAAAUGUUCAAGACGAUCGAGCCUAGCUUUGACGUCAAGCGAGUAUGCAUCAAGAUUCCCUCCACCUACGAGGGCAUCGCUGCGUGUAAGAUCCUCGAGCAAAAGGGAAUCGCUACUUUGGCGACAACCAUGUUUUGCAUGGAGCAAGCCGCGUUGGCUGCUGAUGCCGGCUGCACAUACAUCGCCCCCUACGUCAAUGAGCUGAAGGUGCACUUUGUGCCCGGCUACAUCGAUGAGCACAAGGCUUUCGACUUUUGCAGACAAGCUCAAGCAUACUACAUCGAGACGAAGGCCAAGACGCAAGUGCUGGCUGCCAGUCUUACUUCAGUGGCGGAGGUGGUCCAGCUUGCUGGCAUCCAGCACGUGACUGUGUCGCCGCCUCUGCUCCGAGGUCUCGCUGCGCAGCCGGCUUUGUCUUGGACGGAGAAGAUUGGCGCCUACUUUGCUGCCGGUCCGGACAAGAAGUGGACUACGGAUUUCGGGGCGGCUCUGAAGGACGAGAGUGAGUGGCGCAUCGCCUUCACGCGGAGCGGCAACGGCAAGUAUGAGGAGAAACUCAUCCAGGCGAUCAACAUCUUCUGCGAGUCGCAGGCUGGUCUUGAAGAGCUUGCCCGCCGCUAUUUGUAA